UGCAGAGAAAGGCCAGGCACUGGUGGGGGCAGGUGUGGGGGGUGUCGAGGCAAUGUUAGGGCCUCCCUGCUCUCAGGAGGGAUUUCUCACCCAGUUGAGUACUUGCAAACUUCAACAGGAGGUUCCCCACCUUUUCCUGCACUAUUUGCUAAUGCUGCUUCUGAGCUCCCUCCUUGGCACACCGUGUUUUUUCUGUGCUCAUGGACAGCAGUGUUUCAGAUCAGAUCCUGCACUGAUUGUCUUACUAAGCUCCCUGCUUCUACACUCUUCUCUGUGGCUCCUUCCCAUGUCCCUCGUGUCUGCCUGGGGCACAGCAGCAGCUCCUGCUGCUUUUGGGGGAAGGCUUUGCAGUCUUAGUAAUGAAAUACAAAAAUAAAAAAAUUCUGUGGUUAUUGAAAUUUCGGGGGCUCAGAAGCUGUGAAUCCUGACAAGUGCUGUGGGAUGUCUCUCACAUCCUUUUUGCCUGAAAGGCACUAGAGAGGGUAAAACCUCAGUGCUAAUCCCUUUCCAGCACCCCCUGCCCUGAGGCCCAGUGUGGGGUUAGAAAACUCUGCUUGCUUUGGACACUCAAACUUUUCUUGGGAUUUUUUGCCUCAAGCAGUGUUACCUAACAGCUUUACUGGCUAUUAUUCCUUGCAGACAUCUUAUUCACAUUUUUAAUAUGUUUGUGAUCAAGAAUACUAGGAAAAACAUUGUUUUUCCAGUUCAAGGGAAUAAUUUAAAUAAGCAAAAAUAGGCACUUCUGCAGGGGCAGGUUUUCCUUAAAACAAAAAUUCCACAGACCUGUAGCACCACUUAUUGCUGGAGCAUUUUUUGCUUCCCCUGUCCUGCUUUAAAGGCAAGAAAGGAGCAGGGGAAGUAGCUGAUGUGUCUGAGGCUUGGAGAUGCUCUGUCCUUCAAGUGUUGUUUUUUUGAAGCUUCUUCCAAGCUUUCCUGCUCCAUUUGAUGGCCACAGCCUCAGCUUGGGUGCAUGGCAGAUCUGUGCCCACUCACAUGUGUUCCAACAAGAAGUUGUUAAACUCUUUGCCUCAAGUCCAGGGAAUGGCUUCAAACUGAAGGAGGCUCAGUCUAGAUUACCUGAGAAAAAGGUUUAUUACAAUGAGGGUGGUGAGGCCCUGGCACAGCUUGCCCAGAGAAUCUGCCCCACCUCUGGAAGUGUUCAAGGCCUGGGUGGACGGGGCUUGGAGCAACCUGGGCUGUUGGAAGGUGUCCCUGCCCAUGGCAGGGGUUUGGAACUGGAUGAGCUUCAAGAUCCCUUCCAACCCAAAGCAGUCUGUGAGUCUAUGAUUUUCCUUUGGCUCCUGGUACCUGAUUGCUCCCACCUGGAUGCAGGUGAUAUUCCAUCUGGAGCACUCUGCCAUGGUAUCCAGAGAGAAACCUCAGGAAGUACAAGUGGCUGUUUUGUGUUGGGAGCACGUGGUGCUGGCAGCCUGGCCCACUGUGGUUUUGGGGAGGGUGGGGAUCUCCAGCAGCCAUUCUGGCUGUGUUACCCUUGUGUUUGUUCAGUCUUGGUGCUGCUGCCUUUUGUUUUUUGGUAUCUAACAGUCCGUUCUUCUCUUCUCCCCUGCCCCACCACAGAGUUCCACCUUGUAAAUACUGUUAUUUGUAUAUACUGUAAAUGAUGACAUCGGUGGGCACUAACCGAGCCCGGGGGAGCUGGGAGCAGACACAGACACAGAGCCAGACGCAGCACAAGCAGCGGCCACAGGCUACUGCAGAACAGAUUCGACUUGCACAGAUGAUUUCGGACCACAACGAUGCUGACUUUGAGGAGAAGGUGAAACAACUGAUUGACAUCACAGGCAAGAACCAGGACGAGUGUGUGAUUGCUCUGCAUGACUGCAAUGGGGAUGUCAACAGAGCCAUCAACGUGCUGCUGGAGGGCAAUCCAGACACGCAUUCCUGGGAAAUGGUUGGGAAGAAGAAAGGUGUCUCAGGACAGAAGGAGAGUGGACCGACAGAACCCAGUGAAGAAAGCAAAGAAAGCCGGGAUCGGGAGCGGGAUUUCAGCAGGCGACGUGGCGGGCUGCCCAGGCGAGGGCGAGGUGCCACCCGUGGAAGAGAGUUUCGGGGCCAGGAGAAUGGACUGGAUGGUGCUAAGAGUGGAGGAUCUUCUGGAAGAGGCACGGAAAGAGGGAGGCGGGGACGUGGCCGAGGCCGAGGUGGCUCUGGACGGCGAGGGGGAAGAUUUUCUGCCCAAGGCAUGGGAACUUUCAACCCUGCUGACUAUGCCGAGCCGGCCAGCACGGAUGAGAACUACGGGAAUAGCAACAACACGUGGAACAACACUGGGAGCUUUGAGCCGGACGAUGGCACAAGACUUGAUUUCAUUGGGGGUGAGGGGUCAAAUUAUCCCCGAAAAUUUGACACUGCUCCUGGUACGAUACAUCCAGGUGCAUGGAGGGCAGCGACAGAAGAAUGGGGCACGGAGGACUGGAAUGAAGAUCUGUCAGAGACAAAGAUCUUCACAGCCUCCAAUGUCUCUUCAGUGCCUCUGCCUGCCGAGAAUGUGACAAUCACAGCUGGACAAAGAAUUGAUCUUGCAGUCCUGCUAGGAAAGACACCCUCUUCUAUGGAGAAUGAGUCAACAAACCUGGAGUCAUCCCAGACUCCUUCCCUGGCGCAGCCACUGGUGUUCAGCAACUCUAAACAGAGUGCUCUAUCCCAGCCUGCCUCUGGAAACUCCUUCUCUCACCACAGCAUGGUGAGCAUGUUGGGGAAAGGGUUUGGAGAUGUCGGGGAGGCCAAAGGCAGCAGUACCACAGGGUCGCAGUUCCUGGAGCAGUUCAAGACAGCCCAGGCACUGGCUCAGCUGGCAGCUCAGCACACCCAGCCUGCUGGGAGCACCACUGCUGCUUCCUGGGACAUGGCAUCCACCACACAGACCUCGUCUCUGGUGCAGUACGAUCUCAAGAACCCAACAGACUCUUCUGUGCAUAGUCCCUUCACCAAGCGUCAGGGCUUCACAUCAACUUCAACCAUGAUAGAAGUGUUCAUGCAGGAGAAGCAGCCUGUGGUGACUGCCUCCACAACCACGCCGGCACCUCCAUCCUCACCACUGCCCAGCAAAACCAAUCCGGUUCCCCAGAUGUCUCCAGGGUCUUCGGACAACCAGUCCUCAAGUCCCCAGCCAGCACAGCAGAAGCUCAAGCAGCAAAAGAAAAAAGCAUCAUUAACAUCAAAGAUUCCUGCACUUGCGGUGGAAAUGCCUGGCUCCUCAGAUAUCUCAGGGCUAAACCUGCAGUUUGGGGCCUUACAGUUUGGUUCAGAGCCUGUUCUUGCUGAGUAUGAAUCGACGCCCACAACCAGCGCCGCCGUUAGCCAGUCUCAGAGCAGCCUCUACACCAGCUCGGCCAGUGAAUCUUCAUCCACAAUUUCGUCCAAUCAAAGCCAGGAGUCUGGUUACCAGAGUGGCACAAUACAGACAGCAACAUUUACCUCCCAGAACAGUGCUCAGGGACCACUGUACGAACAGAGAUCCACCCAGACGAGGCGAUACCCAAAUUCUAUCUCCUCUUCACCCCAGAAAGAUCUGACCCAGGCUAAGAAUGGUUUCAGUUCUGUACAACCCACGCCAUUACAAACCACACAGGCUGUCGAAGGUGCUACGGGCCCUGCAGUGAAAUCCGACUCCCCCUCUGCUCCCAGUAUUGCACCUCUCAACGAUGGGGUGUCUGCAUCGUCCUUGCUGACAACAGCCAGCCAACACUCAACAGCUCUGAGCAGCCUGAGCCACAGCGAGGAGCUCCCCAGUACAACCACUGCCCAGCUCAGCAGUGCAUUACCCACCCAGCAGAACAGUCUGUCCUCAUCCACAUCCUCUGGGCGAACAUCGACUUCAACCCUUCUGCACACAAGUGUGGAGAGUGAAGCAAGCCUCCAUUCUUCUGCUAGUACUUUCUCCACCUCCUCCAGCACGGUGUCAGCUGCCCCACCAGUUGUCAGCGUUUCAUCCAGCCUCAGCAGUGUCAGCAGCCUGGGCCUCAGCCUCAGCAGCAACUCCACAGUGACUGCCUCGACUCGCAGCUCUGUUGCAACCACAUCAGGAAAAGCCCCUCCCAAUCUCCCUCCUGGAGUCCCACCGUUGUUGCCUAAUCCAUACAUCAUGGCUCCGGGGUUGCUACAUGCCUAUCCGCCACAGGUGUAUGGAUAUGAUGACUUGCAAAUGCUCCAGACAAGAUUCCCGUUGGAUUACUACAGCAUCCCAUUCCCUACACCCACCACACCACUGACUGGAAGAGAUGGCAGCCUGAGCAGCAAUCCAUACUCUGGGGACUUAACAAAAUUUGGCCGUGGUGAUGCCUCUUCCCCUGCUCCUGCAACGACUCUGGCGCAGCCACAGCAGAGCCAGACCCAGACUCACCACACCACACAGCAGACGUUCCUGAACCCGGCGCUGCCUCCUGGCUACAGUUACACCAGUCUGCCAUACUACACAGGGGUACCAGGGCUCCCCAGCACCUUCCAGUAUGGGCCCGCCGUGUUCCCUGUUGCUCCUACCUCUUCCAAGCAGCAUGGUGUGAAUGUCAGCGUCAAUGCAUCAGCAACCCCUUUCCAGCAGCCCAGUGGCUAUGGCUCUCAUGGGUACAGCACUGGUGUAUCCGUGACAUCCAGUAAUACAGGCGUGCCAGACAUCUCGGGCUCUGUCUACUCCAAAACUCAGCAAUCCUUCGAGAAGCAGGGAUUUCACACUGGAACCCCAGCAGCCUCCUUCAACCUGCCUUCGGCGCUGGGCAGCGGCGGCCCCAUCAACCCUGCGACAGCAGCGGCGUACCCCCCCACCCCCUUCAUGCACAUCCUGACCCCGCAUCAGCAGCCUCACUCGCAGAUCCUCCACCACCACCUGCAGCAGGAUGGGCAGCUUCCAUAUUUGCAGAUGAUACUGUGCUUCCAACGCCAGCAGGAAGAUCAGAGCGGCUCCGGGCAGCGCAGCCAAGGCAGCUCCAUCCCCCAGAAAUCCCAGGCCAACAAGUCCGCCUACAACAGCUACAGCUGGGGCGCCAACUGAGGCCGGGCCCCUGGCCACCACUUGCUUCCGGAAGAGAAUCCCAGUGCCCCUGAUGAUGAGGAAGGAUCCCAGGGAGGAGAGACCCCUGCGGCGGGGAGCGCCCGGGCCCCCAGCCCCAGCAGGGCCCCGCAGGGCAGGCCGCAGGCACCUCUGCGUUGUCUGUCUUCAGCCACUUUCCUGUUGUAUGUAAUAUAGAAUUUGUAUUUUUUCUUUUUUUUUUUUUUUUUUUCCCUUUUGUUUUUUUUUUUGGUUUUUUUUGUUUUUUUUCUCUCUCUCCGCAUUCACAUCUGAACCGUUUGCCGUAGGGGCCUUUUUUGGUUUUUACUCCUUUCUAUCCCCUCUCCCAUCCAGCUGCCCCAGAAUCUCUCAGAUCCAAAGGAGUGGAAGCUGCGAGUCGCCUACAGCAAACCCCCUUAUUAUUAGGAUUAAGACCAGUAAUUGAUAUGAGCAGCAUUGUAAGAUUAAUUAGUUGAAGUGUUUUUUUUGUACCGUGUUCUAAAUUUAAUGGAUAAAUGUGUCUUGUAUAUAAAAACAAAAACCCCAUGCUGUCCUCUAGUUCUCUCAUUUCUCCCCCACCCCGCCGAGGGGUCCCCCCUGGUAUUUUAUGUUCUCCAUCUGCGUCCCUCCAUCCUCACGGGCCCAGAGUGCAGGUCCUGCCCUGCUUGCACGCUGUAAGUAUCUUCUGCUUUUGGGUUGGGGAUUUUUUUAUUUCCUUUUUUUUUUCUUUUUUUUUUUUUUCUGUUUUGUGGGGUUUGGUUUGGGUUUUUGUUUGUUUGUUUUUUUUUUUUUCUAUGCAGUCCAGAUCUUGUAUUUUUCAGUUCCACCUGAUCCCUUCAGCUGCAGCCCCAAGUGGGGAUUUACUGAAGAGAAUAAAGAUCACAAAGUGAUGUGUGUAUUUUU